AUGAGACGCAGCUCCCUCCUGAGAACUCUUAACAUCCAAACGGUCAACUCCAAACCGAUCCUCGCCAGCCACUAUUUGCCUUUCUUUCUGACAAUACCUCAGCUGUAUAUCAGUUGUGUCCCUUACAGCUGCAUGGUCCUUAGGGAUGCCUGCCGGGAGACGGCCCAGGACGGAACUCUGGGCAUUGAUUUCGGAAGCACCAGCACCAGAAUAUUUCUUUGGUGUCCUGAAAGAAAGGAGGAAAUCGACAUCGAGAAUCCUGGCCGCCCGAGAUCAUCCGAAUACCCUGUUGGGGACUUUUCCUCUGUUGGUUACCCGUUCGAACAGUUUGGGUCUGUCUACCUCGGAAAUGACCCUGAUCCGCUCCGUCAACCAAUCUCACUCAAAUACGCAUUCUAUGCGUUAGUCAACCUAGCAGAAUCGGAAAGGAGAGACAACAUGAUCGAUCAAUAUGUGAUGGUCUCUCCACUGCUCGCAAGAAGAGCAGACCCAGCAUUUCGCGACAGGCUUCGCUCAGGCCUUGUUGCCCUGUUCUCGACCCUACACGGAAGGGUGACUGAAAUUUGUGCGCUGUAUCGGCUCAAGGUCACGAUCAUCGGCAUUUCCAUACCAUCGCAGUGGACCUUGGAUUUUGAAGAGGUCUAUGGAGGAAUCGUCGCCGAAGUUUUCGGGCAUCCGAGGCAGGACAUUAGUUUCCACACUGAGACCGAGGCAUUGGCUCAUGUGUUGCUGAGAAAGCACCAAGUCAUCCUCGGCACGGGCGACGAUCUUCGCGACCGCUACAGCGUAUUUCUCUUCCUUGACUUUGGCGGGCAUAACAUGAACGGUUGUGUUUUUAAUGUGGCUUACAGCGCAGCUGGUCAUAUGAGCUAUUACAGAUUCGGAAAGCCUUUUGGAGCUGGUGGCGGAAGCGAGCAAUGGUCGUACCAUGUUGGCGAGCAUUUCGUCAAGCUAUGGCACCGUCAAAAGAAGAGAAAACCGAGUCCUCAGGAAGUGAAUCGCUUCAUGGGACAUUUCAACCAGUUGAAAGCCAGCCUAGGACCUGGUGGUGACUAUGAUCGCCUCGACACAAGCAUUGUCGGUCUCGAGCUUGACCCCGCCGACAUCAAUGAAUGUUUUGAGAUAUCCCACAAAAAUGGCAUGGAAGAAGCAAAGAGACAAAUCAAAACGGUCUCAAUUAUCGAGAAUGCUGAGCCUUUCGUCAUUGUUUCUGGUGGAACAGCCGAACACAGGGUGGUUCGGGACCGCUUACGAAGCUUUUGCGACAGUUGUAACCUGCCAGCGCCGGGAUUCACUGGAGAAUGGUCACUUCGACAUGGAUCUGGCAAAAUUGCUCGAGGAGUCGCCUUCGCUGCCGGCAGGCUCACUUUCGCGCAGGGCUUCCAGGAUCGCUGGGUACCCCUAGCAACAGGUACAGGCAAAGACAGGUUUAAGAUCAUCUGCGACCCCUUUUUUGAUGCGGAUCAAGGUCCCGAACCGCUCUACUACGACACCUGCUACGAUUUCUUGCAUCUCGGUAACCUGAAGAAGGGCAGGUGGAAGCUUUGGUUCUCCCUCGUCCGUACCCAAGAUUCGACACUCCUAGUUCUCAAGGGCAGAAGAACAUACGGCAGGGGACCUAAGCGUAAGACGGCUGAAACUUCGACUAAUCCUUUGAAGUUAUACUUUGAUGGCGGGGCCAACUGCUACUUCGUGGACAAGACGGACUUUGACAUAAACAACUUCCGCGAGUGUAAGCCCUCGCGGUCCCCAGAGGAUUUGAGACAAGCACGGCUACAAGGCCUCGACAAACCCGAUGCCGGCAUUAUUUAUACUGAAGAUGAGGCUGAAGCUGAUCAUCCUGAGCCGCAGUCUCCAGUGGUCUCAGAGGCCGAAGUUGAUCAUCCUGGGCCACAGACUCCAGUGCUUCCAGAGGUCCAAGUUGACUAUCCUGACCCACAGCCUCCAGUACCUUCAGAGGACCAAGUUGAAUUUCCAGACGGGAUCGAGGAUCAUCCUAUGAGUUUCACGAAUGCUGUAUUCGCUCUGGACAGCAUGAGCAAUCAACCUCACGUCAACUCCCCAACGCUAUCGCAUCGUUUCGGUCGUCAAGAAGAGCAGGCUCCAGAGGCUUCCAUGAGUAUAUGGACGCCUUUUACGUGGAAUAAUUGGUCCUUCACAAACGGUCGCACUACAGCCGCCGCGUCACAGCUUUCAGGGGAGGCGGCAUCCAGAUUCAACCACCCCUCGGGUUCCACGUCCUUGCAACGACCUCCUAACAAGUCUACGAUCACUCAAAGGGGCCUCAAAACACAGCCUCCUCGGGCGUUGAAGAAACCUUGUUUCGGAAUAUCUGGGGAUUCUGACUCCGAUGAAUUAUCAGAUAGUGGCGGAAACUAA